AUGUCAAUUCAACAACAACAACCAACAUCCCCAUUUAAUAUUCCAGAACCUCCCCCUCCAUAUAGCAGCCCUUCUGUCCCAGAACAACAAAUAUUUACAACAACACAAUCAUCAUCACCAACUUAUACUUCUAAUUUUCCUCCUCCUUCUAACAAUCAAAAUAACAACAACAAUAAAUAUACUACAAAUAUUCCUUUUAAUCAACAACAAACACAACAACAACAACAACAACAAAUUCCUCAAAAUAUUAAUCCUCCCCCUCCUUUUCAUUUAUUGCCUCCAGGGGCAGUUCCCCCCUUCCAUCAACAACAACCAAGUUUUGUAGUACCAAAUAUUCAACAACCACAACAACAACAAAGACCACCACCACCACAACAACCUCCUCAACUAAAAAUUAUUUAUUCAAUUCCUUUAGGCCCUCACGAAGCUAAUAUGGAAUGUUUUAAUUGUAAACAAACAAUUCGAACUAGAGUGAUAAAUCGUCCAGGACUACUUUCUUGGUUAAUUUGUGGGGCUUUAGCGUUAUUUGGAUGUUGGCCUUGUUGUGUAUUACCUUUUUGUAUGCAAUCUUGUCAGGAUACUGAACAUUGGUAA